AUGUGUGCGUGUGUCUUGUUUCCUCAAGUUGUGACCUCAAGUUGUGAGCAGUUAUUCCUGCCACAACCCGCCCUCAUGGCAUCGUUUCUUUGGUGCAUCAGCGCCUUCGGGUUUCUGUGCAGAUCGACUGCACAGGAUCCGGUGUUCUUGCAGAUAUGGAGCCAAAACGAGCAGAGGCAAGGUCUGCCUUCACUGGCUUCACCGCCUUCUGCUCCCAAGAUGGAAGGAAAGUACCAAGUGCUCAUCCCCAAACCCACCAGACAUGCCUCUGGUGCCGAUGUCUUUCAUUUGACCCAGCAAAUUCUUGAAGCUUUGAAGGAAGCAGCCAAAGCUGCAGGAGGAGAGACCUGGAAGAUUGUGAAUGCCCAGUUCUUCUCGCGUCUCUCAAGCUUGCCCAGCUUGGAAUCUUCGAGCGUUGAAAGAUCGGACUUUCGGGUGGACUUUCUUCAUCAGAUCGAUGAACCCACUGCUACGAGCCUCCGGGAGCAUCCGCGGGAUCGGACCGAGGCGUACUCGUUGAACGUCACCCAACACGAUAUCCUGAUCGCGGCCAGAAGCAGCUGGGCGUUGGCCAAUGCGAUGGCGACCCUCUAUCAGCUGGUUUCGGUUCAAGUGACCGACGGCGCCCAUGUUUCAAUGUCCAUUCCUGGCUGUCCUCACUACAUCGAAGACCAGCCUGGUUUUGUUCACCGGGGAGUGCUGCUGGAUGUUUCAAGGCAAUGGUAUUCGGUUCCAUGGAUAAAGUUUUUGAUUGCAGCACUUUCGGAAUUCAAAAUCAACGUUUUGCACUUGCACCUCACGGAUACUGCCUCAUGGCCUGUGGAGAUAGAAGGCUACCCGGAGAUGACGCAGGCGCUUAGCUAUCGCGAUAUUAAUGGCAAUCCUUUGACGUACUCACGCAGUGACAUCAGAGAGAUGGUGGAGUUUGCCCGGGUCCGAGGGGUAUCCAUCUUGCCGGAGAUUGAUGGCCCGAUGCAUGCGCCCGCCUUGGCCGCGGCCUUGAACCUCACGGUGGCCGCGACAGUGAACUUUUCGCUGCCGCAAUUCGCCUACGAACCGCCACCGGGCACAUGGAACAUCUCCAGUUUGAGAGCCAUGCAAUUCGUGAGAACUGCUCUGGAACAGGCUGAAGAGGAUUUCUUCACCGCCCCAUUCCUGCACGUGGGCGGAGAUGAACCCACUGCUGCAUCCCUAUGCGUAUUGCUGGACGAGCCCCUGAGGGAGUUCUGCUGGGAACAAUGCACUUCCACUUCGGUCAAGGGCUGUGGUGCUGUGCCAAAGAAGCCCAAAGAGGCCAAGAGCGGUGUCACCUGGUGGUUUCCAGAGUAUCUCAACGCCAAAGUGCAGGACUACUUCGACAGCGUCACGCCCUCUCCUGCCAAGAUUCCAAGGGCAAUUUGGUCCGGUGCUGUAACAGACAUGGGAGUGGAAGUACCCCCGACUGACUUGAAGCAUAAGUCUGCGCUUCAGCUGUGGACAUUUCCAUCAUCAUCUUCUACAUCACAGUCCAUUUCCGAAGCGGAUUGCCAGAAGUAUGACCUGAUCCAAAGCGCUGCGACUUACCCACAGGACGGCUCGACCUACGGCUGGCUCUACAUGGAUUGCGGAUCUGGAGCCAAUUGGAUUGAUAUGGGUCCCAACUACUGGUGUCCUCGUGCUUCCUGGGCAGCGCUCUACUCGCUCAACGCCACGCAAGGAUAUGGUGAUGGAUUGACGACUUCUCGCUGCCAAGAAGCUUUUCUAGGAGCUGAGAUGGCACUUUGGUCCGAGGUCGGAGGGAUGGGCAAUGGGAUGGCCCUGGUCUUCCCUCGCGCCGCCGCCUUUGCCGAGCGCAUGUGGAGUAAUCCACCUGCCUUGACGGCUGAGCAAAUGACUGGGGGUCAGCCACCUGAGAGCUAUUGGCAGAGUCACCUAAGAGAUGCCAUGGCACGACUGAAUCAAGUCGUCGCCAACUUUGAGCUGCUUCAUCUAGGUGUCUCGCACCUGCAACCGGAGUUUUGCCGCGUUCAUCCUGAGUACUGCAACACCUACACUAAAGGCUUCUAUGAGGAAUCUGAGGCAUGA